UUUUUUUCUCCUGCAACAACCCAGAGGACCGAAAAAACUACCCUGCUUCAAUGUCUCUAUUCGGUCAAGCUGGGUUCUGUCUUGAACUGUUCUGUUUCUCUAAACGGGGUAUCCUAUCCCCCGGAAUAAAACUAAUUUUGAAAUUUUGCUCAAUUUGUGCAACCCACAAGCCGAUCUUUCACCGUUAUAUUCUGAUGGUCCAAAAAUCCAGCUUGCGGUGUAUAAGUGGAGCUACUGUACUUCAACGGUGACUGUGCGAACUGAGUCCUGAUCCCGAACUCGGAUGCCACCCUUGUCUACCGAAACUGCCAGGUACCUCCCCCCCCGCUCGGACGAAAUUAAAUUUUGCUUCCAUUUCUCCUGCGUCUAUCCCGUGAGCGGCGCGCACUCAAAAGUGCUCGUCGAGACUUGGACUCGGACUCUGACCUUUGUUAUCCUCCAUGCCUACGCCCGAGACGCAGACCCAGCACGAUUACAACACCGAGGUUCCAUAUACCAAAGGGCGACCUCUCUACGCCCGAAACUCGUGGUUUGGACGCUUCAGACCACGGCCCCAGAUGCAGCAGAUAAACUUACCAGGCGGCGCUGCCUACCGCACCAUUAGUGGGAUUCUAGGGUUCAAGGAGCAGCAGAGUCUUUUAUUAUAUUUCAUCUUUGGAGGUGCCCUUCUUGGAUAUUGCUUAUACCAUGCUCCGAUGAUGAAUCCGAAGACGAUGGAGAAAUUGACAGUGCCCGGUGAAUGGUUUGGGUUCAGCAAGCAUGGGUUCAAAGUCGCCUAUUCGAUGCAUAUUUUCCUCUCCGUUAUUGGUGGUAUAUUCGUCCUCCUUCAGUUCAUUCCUGCCAUCCGGCGUAGGGCCAUACUGCUCCAUCGUAUGAACGGAUACUUUGUUCUCCUCUGUUUGAUUCCCGCAAACGUUUCCGGUGGAAUUGCUGGGUAUAGGUCAUUUGGAGGAGAGAUAAACGCACAGUCUGCUUACUACACACUGGGAAUAGCUGUCGUCCUCUGUUUUUCUGCUGGCCUCUUUAAUGUAAAAAGCAACACCCGAGAACACCGUCGCUGGAUGAUUCGUGGCGUCAUCAUUUUUAGCUGUGCAAUCACCACUCGCAUUAUAGUCGUAGUCGCGCGUCUCGUCGUGACCGACAUCGGUAAUUACCACGCGAUCUUCCGUUGCGACGACCUUUUGUCCGUCCUAACGGAUCUUUCAACCGUCUCGCAACAGUAUCCAUCCUGCGUCGCUGACGGGGUGGAUAUCUCGAAGACCUACGUAGCUGUCGUUGCCGAUGCCAGAGGUGGCUCCUUAGGAUUUGGCUCGUCCACCCGUGUAACGCAAGGCAUGGCGCUAUGGUAUGCAAUGUUAACGCAUGGCGUGAUGUGCGAAAUAUAUCUUCACAUGACCCAGGACGCGAACUACGUUCGCCGAGAGUUUGUCCUCGAACCUAGGCUGGAUUCAACCAUGGAUCUCAGCUACUCCCCUCAGUAGUUUCACCUUGUAGUGCGUAGCUUUAUACUUAUAUUGAUAUGUUGAAUUCGAGCCGACAAUACCUGUACAUAUAUUACCUAUGUCUUCUUUACCGUGACGAAUGUUGCCACCGUUCUUGAAUUAAAGAUGUACGACUUCUUCAUCCAUUUCAUUUUCGUUACCAUCUGUAAUUACGGAUUGAUGGUAAAUCACUCCCGUAGCACAUUAUACUACGUAGCUUAAUGAAAUUACCCUGAGUCCGAAC